AUGAUCAGGCAAAUCUAUGGAGGUAUUGGUUUGGGAGUUGCUGCUGCUGCGGUCAUCAGCAUGUUUGCACUGUCCAAUCGAUCGUACAUUUGGAUACGUGUCGUCAAAUUCCUUUGGCCAUUCGUUAUUGUGAUAUGUGCUGUCCGAGCUAUCAUAAUGAUCGUCCAACUCCAACGAGGGCAAGACAAGAUCACAUGGGAGUGCAAUAAUGGCGGACAGCUAUGGAAUUCUACUAUGGCUGCGACGACGACUACGGCAGAUUCUGGAUCUAUUCCGAGUGGGUUCUGCACUCUAGGGUUUGCCAGCCUAAAUACCGCCUUCAUAAUUUCGCUUCUCGUGGACCUAGUCUUCCAGUUUUACAUGUUCUUCUUGACAUGGCGUUUCUCGAAGCGGUUGGAACACUAUUCAACCAUGAAGGGGCCAUUCCACGGAGGGUAUUACAAUGCAUACUAA